CAGAGCUGGCACUUUGCUCCCUGACACAGGGACCCGGACCUGCUCUGUGCUGAGAGAGGCAGACAUGGUGCCCCUGUUGCUGCUGCUCCUGCUGUGGGGGGAAUCUCUGGAGGAGCAGCAAGGCUUUGAGCUCCAAGUGCAGGAAUCCGUGACGGUGCAGGAGGGUCUGUGCGUCCACGUGCCCUGCUCCUUCUCCUACCCCGGGAAUUCAUGGUCUUCCUCUAGUGAACUCUACACCUACUGGUACUGGAAAGAGGACAACAUGCAGUACAAUGAACUUGUGGCCUCAAAUGACCCAAAUAAACCAGCAAAGAGGGAGACCCAAGGCCGAUUCCUCCUCCCAGACGCCAGGAACAACAACUGUUCCCUGCUCAUCAGAGAUGCCAGGAGGAGUGACACAGGAAUAUACAUCUUCCGAAUGGAGAGAGGAAGUGUGAAGUAUAGUUACCAAGACAAGAUGCUGAAUUUGCAGGUGACAGCCCUGACAGAGAAAUCCCACAUCCGGAUAAGGGAGCCCCUGGAGUCUGGCCACCCGACAGAGCUGGCCUGCAGCCUGCCAGGGGCCUGCGAAGGGGGACGACCUCUCACCUUCUCCUGGGCGGGAGCCGCUGUGGACUCGCUGAACCCCCAGACCCUCCGCUCCUCAGUGCUCACCUUCAUCCCGAGGCCCCGGGACCAUGGCACCAACCUCACCUGUCAGGUGAAACGGGAAGGGUCCCAGUGGACCACACAGAGAACCAUCCGACUCAAUGUCUCCUAUGCCCCACAGAACCUCACCAUAGGCAUCACCUUCAGAAACGCCACAGCGAGGCCUGGCCAGUGUGGCUCAGAAGUUGAGCUUCGACCCAGGAACCAAGAGGUCACAGCCCUCAAGAUUCUGCAGGCCACAUCCCUUUCCAUCCUGGAGGGAGAGGCCCUGAGGCUGCGCUGUGAGGCUGACAGCAACCCCCCUGCCGAGCUGAGCUGGUUCCGGGGGUCCCCAGGCCUGAGCGCCACCCCCCUCUCCAGCACCGCGAUCCUGGAGCUGCCUCGCGUGGGGCCUGCACAGGAAGGAGAGGUCACCUGCCAAGCCCGGCACCCGCUGGGCUCCCACAGCGUCUCUCUCAGCCUCUCCGUGGUCUACCCCCCGCAGCUGCUGGGACCCUCCUGCUCCUGGGAGGACCAGGGUCUGCACUGCAGCUGCUCCUCCAGGGCCCAGCCGGCCCCCUCCCUGCGCUGGCGGCUGGGGGCGGGGCUGCUGGAGGGGAACCAUGGCAACGCGUCCCACGUGGUCAGCUCCAGCUCAGAGGGGCCCUGGACCAACAGCUCCCUGUUCCUCCAUGAGGGGCUCAGCCCUGACCUCAGACUCAGCUGCAAGGCCUGGAAUGUGCAUGGGGCCCAGAGCGCCUCUGUCCUGCUGCUGCCGGGGAAGGCGGUUCUCCAGGCGGGAGUGGCUCCUGCGGCUCUCGGAGGUGCUGGAGCCCUGGCCCUGCUGUCCCUGUGCUUGUGUCUCCUCUCCUUUUGCAGGAGGAAAGCAGCCGGGAGACCAAAGGUCACAAAUGAUGAAGAGCCUGUCAUGGGCACAGUCACCUGGGGCUCCAAGCAAAAACUUGGGCUAGACAAGCCCCCAAACCGAGGGCUGCCCACAGAGGACCCCCCUCUGUCAGAGGAACACUGGGAGGUCUACUACGGCAACCUCAGCUUCCAUGGGAUGAACCCACGGGAACCUGAGGACCCGGAGGCCACCAGCAGCAUCAACGAGUACUCGGAGAUCUAGGAGACAAGCACAUGAGGACUCGCUCAGAGCCCGGUCCUGGCCAGGGGCAUCCCACGCCCUCUGGGGGGAAGAAGUCAGGGACUCAUUGCUGAAGCAUGAGGAGGCCUUGUGGCACGAAUAACAUUAACUACUGUAUGAGCAGCGCAGAAAGAAGACAGGUGACGAGAUUACAGAGAUGUGGUCUCAAACGCAGGCUUCAGCACAUCCCAAGGCAGCGGCCGCCAACUGGUGGUCCAUGAGGUCCGAAAGGUUGGCGACCGCCAUCAAGGCUGUGUCUUCACGUGGUAAUUGACUUCAUGUCUCUGUUGCUCAGUGUCCCUCUGUGCAGAGGGCAUGCAUUGUGCUAAAAGCUGGUUGUUGCAGUAAAUAAAUCAGCACAUGGACAUCAACCAACAUUGGUUCCGUUACAGACGUGCGCCCAGCACUGGCUGGUCUCUUUUCGAACAGGAAGGUCCUGCUGGCGAGUGCUCCUGAAGCCAGGGGUGAGAGGCACAGUGGACAGGGUGACAGCUUGUUGGUGUCAUUUUCUAUCCCAGAACGCUUCAAAGCCUCCCCAAGGAUAGGCCACCCUCCUGACUUGGAAUUUGGUUCAUGAAAUAGUUUCUUACCACUUCUCUGGGGUCAUCUGGCCACACUUUUA